AUGGGAUCGAAUAAAGGUGGUUUUAAAUCAUUUGAAUGGGAUCUUAAAAGUGGAUAUAAACCAAUGCAAUGGCGUUCAACAGUUUCAGCACCAUUAUGUGCACUUUGUAAUAAAGCUGUUUUUCCAGCUGAAGAAGUUAUUGGUGCUGGACAAAAAUAUCAUAGAUUUUGUCUCAAAUGCAUUUCAUGUAAUACAUUACUCAAUUCAGGUAAUGUAAAUGAACAUGAUAAAAAAAGUUAUUGUAUCAGUUGUUAUCGUCGUCAAUUUGGUCCACGAGGAGUUGGUCGUGGUUUUGGAACAACAUCAUCAAUUAAUUUAGAAACACCACCAAGUAGUCCAAGUUCAAAUGGAACAAGAUCUAAUUGUCAUAGUGAAAUAACUGAUAAUAUUGAUAGUCUUCGUCAUGAACGAAAAACAUCAACAGGUUCAUCACCAUCUCGUACAUCAUCUGAUGAUGAUUCACGUCAUAGUAAUUCACUUAUGAACAGUGUUACAUAUAUUGGUGGUGUUACAACAAGACAAACAAUAUCAACUCUUCCACGUCCUUCAUCAAUGAAUUCAACAAAUGGUUCAUCAUUUCGUUUAAAAUCAAUAUCAGGAAAUAUUUGUCCACGUUGUUCAAAAUGUGUUUAUUCAGCUGAAGAAGUUAAAGCUGCUGGAAAAUCAUAUCAUAAACGAUGUUAUACAUGUGGACAUUGUAAAAAUAGUAUCAAUGCUGGUCGAUAUUCAGAACAUGAAGGAGAACUUUAUGAUAAUAAUUGUUAUCAACGAUUGUUUGGUCCAAAAGGUAUUGGUUAUGGUAUUGGAUCAGGAACAUUAUCAACAGGAAAUUAA